AUGCUAGGAUGGCUGCUGACUGCCGAAAUCCUGAAUUUCUGCACUUUCCUUAAUGCACAGAUGAUCAAGCCGAGCGGUAUCGAUCGAAUUAUUGGAAUUGAGACUGCACCUACGCAAAUGAUUAUUACUACUACGAAAGAAGGGCCCACUGAGCAGUUGAGCGUGAAAAUCGAGGUCACCGACUUGCAAGACCACCGGAUAUUUACGCCAAUUUCGUUGAAUGGAUUGUUUCUAUUAAUAAGCCGAGGUCGGUAUACCGUACCCUUCCUCCGGCCCGAUCACUUCUACGGCGUCUACUUCCAAAGUGAGAACACUGUAAAUGGCGUCCGAAUGUUCCACAACGAGACGAGAAUCGUGAAAACGAUGCCGAGACAUGGAGAAAAUACGACGAACAAUUUUGUGGAUCCUAGAUUUGAGAUCUACGUGCAUCGAAACGAUGAGAAUGGGGGCAGCAACACCGAGGGUGUUUUUGUGACAAUCAAAUGGCUGACGGAGAGGAGAAUUCCUGGAAGCUUCCUCUCGAUAAAAAUCCGAGUCCUAUGCGAGCAUACCAACGCGACAGAAAACGUCCAUUUGAAGGAUACUGAAGCCGGGAUCACAUUGGAAAUCGCGAUGGACCACAAAAUGGACGUCGAGGAUAUGGAAGAGAAUUCCCACCAAAUCAAGGCUAACAUCUCGCCGUUGAAAUGCAGGGAAAUCUGCUGGGACGUCGACUACGUGCUACCCGUCCUGAGCCGAAACUUCACGCGAGAAUUUAACAGAACCUGCGAGAAAAUUGAGGGCACCACGACGACUACCUUUGUCAGGGAACUGAAGUCUUAUAAGGUGGUCGGAAAUACGCUCUACGUCCACACUGAAAUCCCAGAAAAUCAGGCCGAUCACGGUGUGGUGACGUUGAGCGCCCAAAACUUGGCGGAGAGCAUGGAGGAGCCGAUUUUUAAGGAGUAUCAGGUCGCCUCAACCCCAAACGGCACCUUCAUGCUCCAACUCGAAGAAGGAAACGCCUACGCGAUCACGUACAAAUACAUCAAGGCCCUCCCGUUCAAAUAUUCUACUAAAGAUCACUUUAUGGUCGAGAUUCCCGCCUUGAAAAAAUCCGGAAAUUCCUCGAAGGAAGAGCUGGACUCCGGGAAUCUGGUCGAUUUCGUAGUCGACCCUCCAAUUCUGAACAUCACCUCAGAAGGGGAAUUUGUCGAGACCCCAAAAAUCUCCCUCGAAAUAGGCCCAAAAUACGCCGGGCAAAACGUUUCCUUAAAAACCGAGGAUUUCUGCGGGAGCACUAUAAUUAAGGGAAACCGCGUGGAUUUCAAGAAACCGGCAGUGCCCUUGGAAUUACCACUAAAGAAGAUCGUCUGUGGGCUUGAGAAGAAUCUGACAAUGUGUCAAAAUGUAACGAGUAGCUGUGCGGACACCAAAUUCUGCUAUACCCCCACCGUGUUGAGGGAAAAUAUAGCUUAUGAGGGCCCCAGAAAAUGCAUCGAUUUGGCGCGAACGCUGGAGUAUGAGGUGGCGAAGCAGGCGAGCAGGAUAUUUUCCUGGCUUUUGCAAUUUUUGAUAGUAUGGAUUGUGAAUACGCGG